GGUUGAAUGGUUUUGUUGCAUGGUCAAAAGAAUAUAAAUGAGAUGGUUGCUGGGAAGAGAUGCAAUAUACCUCGGCCGAAAUACCGUCAGUGAUGGAGGAUAUAUAAUCUAGCUGGCGAUGAUCGAUUUCUUUCUACCCAGUCCGCCUUCAUCUGAUCUGCUCAUCUUCUUUGCGAUCGACGUGGGAUAUGUUUGAACAGUUUUUUGGGCCGGCGCCCUUUGACUCCCUACACCCUACUAACCGUUCCACAUAGCAACGGCAUCCGCUUCUCCAUAACCGACCUUUCGCCCUCCACGGCCCGAUACCUACCCACCAUUUACACCGAUCGCGAAGGCAUAUCACUCUACGAUGCGCAAUACUCCACCGGCGUCAAGGGCCCGAUCCCCCAGGAAGUCAUUGAGGAUGUCAUACGCUCGCUGUUGAAGUUCAAGACAGUCUGCGCCGACUUUGGCGUUCCCGAGACCAACAUCCGCAUCCUCGCGACCGAGGCCACUAGGAGUGCUGUUAAUAGCGAGGGUUUCCGACGCCAGAUUAAGGAUGCGACGUCGUGGGAGGUCGAUAUGCUGCCUAAGGAGGCGGAGGGGAGGGUCGGCGCAAUGGGCGUCGCGAGUAGCUUCAGGGAGGUUGAAGGGUUGGUCAUGGACUUGGGUGGUGGAAGCACUCAAAUAACGUGGAUGAUAUCACGCGCCGACUCCAUCAAAACAAGCCCCAAGGGCAGCAUCAGUUUCCCAUACGGCGCCGCAGCAAUGACGCGCCUUCUAGCCGAUCUCGAACAACCCCACAAGAACAACAGCGGCAGCUCGCAUUCGCCUUUGAAUCUGUUCAAGUCGAAAUCGCCGACCUCUUCGUCCGCAUCAUCAACCCCUGCCGCGCCAUCGACAAAAGAGGAAUUGGAAGAGACAAUGAAAGCCCAAUUCCGCCAAGCCUACGCCGAUCUCCAUCACGACAUGCCCGAGACUUUGCGGCACAAGGCCAAGCACGGCGGUCUGACGUUGUAUCUGUCUGGUGGCGGGUUUAGAGGAUGGGGAUACUUGUUGAUGUCCCAACAUAGGACGCAUCCUUAUCCGAUUCCGAUCAUCAACGGCUUCGCGGCGCAGAAACGCGAGUUUCAGCAGACGAGAGAGAUCAGUGUCGUGGCGGCGGAGGAGAGCGUGUUUCGCAUAUCGAAGCGUCGAGUCGCACAGGUCCCGGCCGUCGCGUUCUUGGUGAACGUUCUUGUUGAUGCAUUGCCUAUGAUUUCGAAUGUGCGGUUCUGCCAGGGCGGCGUGCGGGAGGGGUUCUUCUUUGAUAGCCUCGCGCAGGAGGUUCGGGCGCAGGACCCGCUUACCGCUGCGACGGCGAGUUUCGGGAGUGAGAGUGCAAAAGACAUUGGCGAGAUCUUGUGGAAUGCGAUGCCCGGGGAGAAUAGUCUGGGCAGAGAGAUACCGGCGACGAUCAGUAAAGGAUUGGUCCGGUCCGUGGCGGACUCGAUGUACCUUGGGGGAGUGGUGGGAAACAAAGAGUCACGUGCGGUCGGUGCGUUGUGUGUGCCUAUCACGGGGGUGCUCGCAGGUGUUCAUGGUGUGAGCCAUUCUGAAAGGGCGGUGUUGGCGUUGGCUUUGUGCACGAGAUGGGGCGGCGAUCUACCGCCACCGUAUACUGACCUUGAGAGGCGCUUGAAGGGCUUACUGACGAAUCAGGAGGUUUGGUGGGCGGGAUAUCUUGGUCGAGUGGCCGCCUUGGUUGGCGGAGUGUAUCCUGCUGGACGGAUCAGGGAGAAGAGGUUGGAAUUGAAAGCGUACUGGGCGGACGGGUUGGGAAAGAAAGGGAUGAAUCAGGGCGUGGUGCUUGAGGUGAAAUGCAAACGGGAGGAGGAUAGAGAUGUGCUGACCACCCCCGCUGGGCUGAAUCCGCUUGUCGACGCGGUUGAGAAGCUGGGGAAGAAGAAGAAUAAAGUCGGUGGCGAGCAUGGGUUUGGAGUGCCGGUUGAUGUGAGGAUUGAGAGGGUGUUGCCGUAAGUCAGUCGGAAAAGGGAAGUUGAUGGUGUUUUCAGAAAGUAUUGCAAGUGUUUGCCCUGCUCAUAGAUUACCUGGCGCGAAGGAAAGCGAAGCGUUCAAGUGAGCGAUCAUGUUGAUGUGAGAAGACUCUUUACGAAAUCUGUUGCAGUACUGCUCUCGAGAGCCCUUCGCAAAGGCUGGUGUGAUGGCGUUACUAGUAGCAUCGCAUCCAGCAAUUACCUGAUCGAUGGACUCGAGACAGGUCGUGUAUCCGUUCCAUAGACUACUAGUACUGGAUCCCUCAUAUACUGAGGUAUCAUGGCCAUCACGAUUGGGAGGAGGAUAUCCGCCAACAUCUUGAUCGUCUGCGGCCAGCUUCAAGAGAUUCAGACCGCGGCGAACAAGAGCAGAACUGAGGACAACAU